AUGCUUGUGUAUGUUGAUGAUAUUCUUAUUACUAGUACUCACCCUGUUAUUAUCUCUACCAUCAUUAACAAGCUGCAGCAGGAAUUUCCUCUAAAGGACUUGGGGCCCUUAAGUUUCUUCCUUGGUAUUCAGGUUACUCGUACUGCUUCUGGUCUGCAUCUUUGCCAAACGAAGUAUAUCCUUAAACUUCUCAGCAAAGCACACAUGGUAGACUCAAAACCAUCCAAAUCUCCCUGUGCAUCUGGCUCCAAACUAUCUAGAUAUGAAGGUGAACCUUUGACUGAUCCCACGGUUUACAGGCAAAUUGUAGGUGCUUUACAAUAUUGUACACUUACACGUCCCGACAUUGCUUACUCUGUUAAUCAACUUUGUCAACACAUGCAUGCCCCUACCUCAGCUCACUGGAUUGUAGCCAAACGAGUGUUAAGGUAUCUUAAUGGUUCUUCCAAUCAUGGUCUGUAUUACACCAAGAGUAACCUGCAGGUCAAUGCCUUUUGUGACUCAGAUUGGGCUGGAUGCCCUGAUGACCGCCGGUCUACCACCGGCUUUGCUGUCUUUCUUGGUGACCGUCUUAUUGCUUGGAGUGCCAAGAAACAAGCUGUGAUCUCCCGCUCUAGCACAGAAGCUGAAUACCGAGCUCUCUCUCUCACCACCGCAGAACUCUUCUGGAUUAGGAUGUUGUUCAAAGAAAUUGGCAUAUUUCUCAAAGUACCCUCCCGUUCUAUGGUUGCAGGUGUGUUGACGAAGGGUCUUUCUUCGUCUCGAUUCCUCUCUCUUAAGUCCAAGCUGAUGGUGGUUCCUCCACCUAUCAGCUUGCGGGAGGGUGUUAGCUGA